AUGUGUUCGUUGUACAUAAUCAUUUUACUUUUGUGCGCCUCCCAUGCACGUGAAUUCAUCGAGGAUGUUGUGCAGGAGUCGAUGGCAUCGUUAAUCGUGAUACGCUAUGAUUACUGCGAGGAGCUGUGGCUGGACAGGAUACUUGCUGAGCCACCGUUGCCAGUGGUGCUGCAAUCCUUGGACAGUGACACAACCACAAGCAAGAAUUUUUCGCGUGUGCUGCAAUUAGUCUGUCUGCCCAAUGUUGGUUAUCAGUUGAAGCUGACAACGUGGCUGGAAAAUGUGCGUGGAGCAAACAGCAUAUUCUAUAUAAUGGAAACUGUUUCUUCAUUCGCCUCAUCCAAAGAGUUGCUUCAGUUGCUCCUCAGACAAUGCUAUAAGUUGCGAAUGCUGAGCGUGCUUGCAUUAAUUCCAGAGGAUUCGGAUCGCUACUACUAUCGCUAUCAACCCUAUCCUCAGUUUGAGUUGGAGCAGCGCUCGCUCAACCAAAAACCCUUCUUUGUGGCGCACUUGAGGAAUAUGCAAGGCCAGCCGUUGAUAGUGUUGCCACAACAGAAGCAUCCGAGGCUCAUUGUGUACAAGGACUGGCGCACGGGAGCAUUGGUACUGAAUGGUUCCGUGGGCAGAUUUGUGCGCACUUUGGCUUGGAAGUUGAAUGCUAGCAUUGAGUUCCCCACACAAGUAAACUUUGAUUUGCAUUAUACGGAGCUGGUGAAGCUGGUGGAACAGCAUCAUAUUGAUGUGCCCGCUGCUCUGACGCCGCUCACCAAGACCGCGCAGUUGCCCCACAUUUGUUAUCCCUUCGAAUUGAGUCACAUCUGCUUGAUGAUUCCCAUAGCUCAACAGUUACCCAUCAAGGAUAUCUAUGUGAUUAUAUGCAGUGCUCAGAAUGUACUUAUAGCACUGAUUAUUUUCUAUAGUUUUGGGCUGCUGAUGAGCACGCACAGCUAUCUGGCUGGAGAGUCCAUCAGCUGGGUGGAUUUUGUGCUUAACGAUGUGGCGCUGCGUGGACUGCUGGGCCAAUCUUUUGGUCGCUCCUUGCACACGACUCUGUUUUUCAGCUGGAUUUACGUGAUGCUGGCCCACUUUGGUAUGAAUGUGAAUUCGAUUCAUGGAGCUGCCCUGGGCACACUGUUGACCCAUCUGCCAAAGCAUUUUCAGCCACGCACCUUUGCCGAUGUCCGACGACUCCAACUGCCUCUAGUCAUGGAUGAGGCGGAUGGGUUACAUGAAGUGAAUUUGCACAAAUUGACCUUUAAUACGAGUGUCUUCAAUAGCCAGAGGGACACGAUGAACACGAGUAAUGUCUAUUUGGCCUCUCGGCUCAAAUGGACGCUGUUGAGCGAACAGCAAAAGUAUUUUCCACACGAAGUAUUCUUGUACUCCAAGGAUGCGUGCAUUAGUCAUCUCACCCAUAUGGUCUUUCAAUUGCCCAAGAAUACCUGGUUCCAGGAGCCGAUUACUAACCUGAUUAUGGAUGCACGUGAUUUUGGUCUCUUUCAGUAUUGGGUCGGAAUGCAUUUCUAUGAUAUGGCCGCAGCGGGUUUGUUGUCCUUCAAAGAUCCCAUCGAGCGGGUGCCUCAACGUGUGAAGGGUGCUCUGCGUUUGGAGGAUCUGCAGUGGAUUUGGAUUUUCAUUGGAGCACUCUUGCUGCUCGCCACAAGUGUGUUCGCUCUGGAAAUCCUGAUCAAGCGAUUGCAGCACUGGCUUCUGCCAGUUUAA